GCUACUACGGAACUAAACAUCUCAGGUCGUUUCGCGCGGACUUAUUUUUGUAAGGCACCGACACGCCUGGCAACAUGGAAGUGAAAAACGCUAACGCUGCCAUGCUCAGCAACUAUGAGGUCUUCCAGCUGCUAACUGACCUGAAGCAAGAGAAGAAGGACAGCGGCAAGAGCAAACACAGUGCCGGGCAGCAGAAUCUGAACACCAUCAUGUAUGAGACGCUCAAGUACUUGUCCCAGACGCCGUGCAGCCGCCAGCAUCCUGAGAUGCUCAAGGCCUUUCUGUCCACCAUGAUGCGGCACAAACUCACAAAGGCUGAGAAGCUGCAGUUACUCAAUCACCGACCACAGACUGCCGUGGAGAUGCAGCUGAUGGUGGAGGAGAGCGAGGAGCGUCUGUCAGAGGAACAGAUCGAGGAGCUCAUCCAGAUCAUUUCAGAAAUUCUACCCGGCGAUCCGGAGCAGGAAGUAGCAGCGACUGCCGAUGGGGAGGCGGCAUGAACUCCUCCAUCUGAAUCGGGAGCGCCCACUUUCUCAAGCCAGCUGUGCGCCGAUGCGCUUGUUGUGUUGAAGCACAAACAUCACUUGGCAUCUGGAAGAGAACAUUUGAUUUUAUAAAGACAUUUGAACGUG